AUGCAAGAUGGGAUUGUUAAAUACGAUCGGUGGGAAGAGCUAUUGUGGGUGUACAACGGGAUAGGUUCACAAAUUAGGACUCCAUUAACUGGAGCGCUAGUAGGUAUAAAUUUGGAAGAUCAUACAAUCAAGUAUAAUCACUGGGGAUUUCAGACGCAAUCCACAUAUGAACCAAACGAUCGCAUCAACUAUAAUGAAUAUUGUGGAUGCUACAUGUCCGCUAUUAAUGCUAUACAUCCGUACGAAACGGGAUUGAUCGUUGCAACACCCAACGGGGUAGACAUACUCAACAAAGAUGGCGGACGACGCAUGUCACUGAUAUCGGAAACCGCAAAAAUGCAAAUAGAUAACUACGGAAAUAAUCACAUCGUCUCUGCAUUGCUUAGUUGUACGGCGAACAAUCCAAAUAUUUGGCUGGCCACUAAUGCCAACGACCUAUAUUCCGUAGACACCUUCGUAGGCCAAGUUAAUGGAACAUUCAAGCCAAUGAACAAACACGUACCGACGGCAGGAUUUAAAGACAAAGUCACCGUGCUAUCUGAUAUCUAUGGCAAUGCCUCUAGAAGCUCGUGUGUCCUAUCCUACUGCCAACAGUACAGUUCUGAUGAAGAUGCUUUUAACAACACGUAUUCAACGGAUACAUGUCAUGGAAGCGAAUCAUUUAAUACCACUACGUCAUCCAUGGAAAGUAUCGCUAAAAAAUUUGGAAGCGUAGAGGCUAUACCGGAAUUCGUCCCAUCAGCCGCUCGCAACUCGCAAUCCAUGGGCACCUUUAUCAAACAGAAAAUGACAGACGAUAUAACACCAGGGGCGUUGUCACUUAGGUACGCACUGCAAACUCAAAGUGAUAAUCAUCCGGGGAACGAAAAUUCCACUGACACCAUCUGCGUAGGUAUGCUAUCAGGGCUAUUGCAUGUCUUGGAUACCAGGAUGCAGAAAAUAGCUCACACAAUUGAAGCACAUAACAGUGCGGUAGGCAAUGUAGCGGCCUGUGGUAAUUAUAUCGUCACUACCGGUUGCUACCUCUAUGGAAAUGUACUUAUGCAUGAACCGAUGAUGGAGGUUCACGAUAUACGGAUGAAGAGGACAACAUCGCUAUGGAUAGGAGUUCCUAUACGUUCUACCGCAUUUGUAACCGACAGUUACAAUGUGGUCGCUUUACAUGACAAUGGCGGUUUCACAGAAUGUAACAUCGCAACCAUGGAACAUACCAAGUACCCGAACAUGAGCAAUCGUGAUUCGUGGAUACACCAUGAUAUCGAUGUUGCCGUGUCAAGGGACAGAGAGCUCUACCGAGUCUGCACGGCAAAUGAAGCAUACGCGGUUAAUAGUAUCGAGCUAAAAAGAGACGCAAUCGCUAAUAAGGAAAUGGAUCCUAAGAACCUCAAAACGAUUUUUCAAAAGGUACAACCCGGUAAAAAAACGUAUACCAAUAAUACGCAAUUCGCAUCAUUGAUUGGAACUUACAAUGGGGAUGUCGUACAAGUUUUUGUUCAAGUAUUCUUCUUCCUUGAAAAACUCACAUCGGUAAGGUAUCACAGCUGCGAGGUGGAACACUGUCUCACAUGCCAGGUCGGAUUUGCCAUGCAUAUGUUACACGUGGAACAUGGAAAUAGAAAAGGUGGAAUCAAGGAAGCGGAAAAUAAGUUUAUUACCACCAAACAACCAGAACUGCGGGCAACACAACUCCAGGAACUCAUGCCAGUAGAUAGGUCGGAGACAAAUGCACUAUCUAUCCAAAGGCUAUUGCUCUGGAUCAUCGAAAAAAUGAGCUCAGAACUAGAUAAUUAUCAUGGCAGAAGUGAGAAUGCGCAAACAGAUGAUACUACGCAACUCAUUAAAAGUGCAUUCGGCUUUUCGAAAACAGUCGAUGCAAUAUGUCAAAAUGACCAUCGGACAACCAAGGUACUCGAAAACCAAUUUUGCUUGUCAUACACUCAUCUUUCUGAGCAGAAGGGCUAUGAGGAAGAAAUGAUAUCGUAUUGCACAGACUGCGCCAAACCGGUUAUGACAAAGUACAACAUAAAGUUUCAGGAUGCUCCAAAUUUCAUGAUAGUGAACUGUGACUUCGAUGAUGGAGGCCGAAUAACUCGUGCAGACGAACACGUGACAUUCAUGACGGAGACUUAUACGCUCGUAACCAUUGUCUUCUCCGUACCAUCGGAGGACACGAACUACAGACUUCUAGCCUAUGUUAGAGUACCACAGAGGAUGAAGAGUAAACAGGAAUGGCUUCUCAUCAACGAUGGUUAUAUUUGCGAGCUUGAUAACGAGGAUUAUAGACAGAUUCUAGACUUCAGCUCGCCAUGGAAACAACCGAUCACACUCAUAUACCAGAAGGAUAACAUGGGAGUAAUACAUGAAAUCACUCCGUCGGCUGCAGGAGACGUAUCCGUCGUUAACGUCAACGGACGGAUCGUGCCGUUGCCUGUGCCAAACGAAAAGGAACCUAUACCUGCUUCUAUUUUCAUAUCGGAGUCAAAUAUUGCGCACAAUCCACUGGCACAUGGUAAAAAUCGCACGUUCGUGCCACUGUCUGUAAAUGAACUCCUGGCGUUACACCACAAACAGUUCAUUGUGGCCCUCGAUGUGGAAGGAGUGAAAAUUGGGAGUGAAACAGCCGUGAAUACGAGAUAUCAUCAAUUGCCGGAUGCGAUCUCCUCUCCUAGAUCAAUUGAGAUGCAAAAAAAAACCUUUAUAUAUUCAGCCAAAGAUACUGAAGAACAGAACGUGGCAACCCUAGCAAGGGUAAGCGCCGUAAGGGGAACGGGAGAAGGAUUCGGUAUCCCAUUCCUAGAUCAUUAUAUUCACCGCAGGGAACCCCCAAAGGAUUACCUCACGAGGUUCUCUGGGAUACACCAAGGUGAUCUGGACCUCAAGUCGUCCGUGCACUGGCUAACCACGAGAAAGGCUAUAUACAUGAAAAUUAGAUAUCUUAUUGAUGCUGGGUGCACAAUAUUGGGACAUGGACUGGAGCAAGAUUUCAAAAUGCUUAAUAUAGUGGUCCCACAAUCACAAGUUAUCGACACAGUAGAACUGUUUAGGCUACCAGGACGCAGGUAUAUAUCACUACAGUUUCUAGCUGCUCAUAUACUGAAUCGCCGAAUACAAAGGGGCGAACAUGACUCUGUAGAAGACGCCAAAGCUGCUCUUUACCUAUACAGGUGA